UGUACCACUCGAGGCGUGGUAUUAUCUUGCGUAGUGUGCCUCGAUCUCACCUUGUCUUCUCCACUCAAUCACAUAGCCACAGAUCUCACAUCCUUUAUUAUCAUUAGUUAUACUUCUAGAAAGUUGUUACGAGGGCACUGCAAGAUGCCACUCGCCCUUCAGGAUCCAUGGCAAAAAUUACACAUCGCGGAAUUGUCCGAGGCACAAGACGAAGAAAUGAUGGAUGAAAAUAGAAAUGGGCCGAACGAAGAAGGUGCUGUCAUCGAUGUGACCGACGAAUUAGAGAAUUCCAAAGCUCUAACGAAAUCAAAUCCCAGCGAGUUUGAACUUCUAAAAGUUCUUGGCCAAGGAUCGUUUGGAAAGGUGUUUCUUGUUCGUAAAAUCAUUGGCCCGGACGCGGGGACACUUUACGCCAUGAAAGUACUGAAAAAAGCAACUCUUAAAGUUCGCGAUCGACUUCGAACUAAGAAAGAACGAGACAUUCUGGUUGAUGUUCAGCAUCCAUUCAUUGUUCAUCUUCAUUAUGCAUUUCAGACUGAAGGAAAAGUUUAUCUCAUCCUGGAUUUCCUACGUGGGGGAGAUCUGUUCACAAGGUUAUCAAAAGAGAUCAUGUUUACAGAAGAAGAUGUGAAGUUCUAUCUGGCAGAGUUAGCUUUAGCACUGGAUCAUUUACACAAAAUUGGCAUUAUAUACCGAGACUUGAAACCUGAGAACAUUCUUCUGGAUGCAAGUGGCCAUAUUGCUAUCACAGAUUUUGGAUUAUCAAAGGAAAGUGAACAGGACCAGAAGACAUACUCCUUCUGCGGCACUGUGGAAUACAUGGCACCAGAGGUUGUGAAUCGCAGGGGGCAUGGACAGGCAGCAGACUGGUGGUCCUACGGAGUGUUAAUGUUUGAGAUGUUGACUGGUUCUCUUCCAUUCCAAGGAAAAGACAGAAAAGACACCAUGAAUAUGAUCCUAAAGGCUAAACUUGGAAUGCCUCAAUUCUUAACCCCGGAAGCUCAGUCUCUCUUGAGRAUGUUAUUCAAACGAAACCCUUUGAAUCGACUUGGUGCAACUGAGAAUGGAAUUGAAGAUAUCAAGUCACAUGCAUUUUUUGCUACAAUUGAUUGGGAUAAACUCAUGAAAAAAGAGAUCAAACCACCAUUUAAACCUGCUGCAGGACGAGCAGACGAUGCCUUCUAUUUUGAUCCAGAAUUCACCUCUAAGACCCCUCAAGAUUCUCCUGCCAUCCCACCAAGUGCUACUUGUCAUCAGUUAUUUAGAGGAUUUAGUUACGUAGCACCAGCUUUACUAGAUGAAGAUCUAAACUCUAAUCAAAAGGAAAUGAAAAUGGAAGUCGAUAACAACAAGCCAUCAAAAUCUCUCUUUUCUGUGAGAACUACGUCAAUACUUGAAGAAUAUGACAUCAAACAGGAAAUUGGCAGAGGAUCAUAUUCUGUAUGCAGAAAGUGUAUCAACAAAGCAGACGGCCAAGAAUAUGCAGUAAAGAUUCUUUUACGCUAUGGACACCACCCAACAAUCAUUCAUUUACGCGAUGUAUACGAUGAUGGUAAAUGCGUGUACAUGGUGAUGGAGUUAAUGCGAGGUGGAGAACUGCUUGAUAGAAUACUCAAACAUAAGUGUUUAUCAGAGCGAGAGGCAUCGAAWAUUAUGUACACGCUAACAUCUACUAUAGCUUUUCUACACGAAGAAGGGGUUGUUCACCGUGAUCUCAAGCCAAGUAAUAUAAUGUAUGCAGAUGAUAGCGGUACACCAGAAUCCCUCAGAAUCGUUGACUUUGGUUUCUCUAAGCAAAUGCGCGCCACAAACGGACUUCUAAUGACCCCUUGUUAUACUGCUAACUUUGUGGCACCAGAGGUYCUAAAGAAGCAAGGGUACGACGCAGCCUGUGAUAUAUGGAGCCUUGGGGUCCUUCUUUAUACCAUGCUUUCAGGUCUUACACCGUUCGCCGUGGGUCCUGAAGAUACGCCUGCUAAUAUUCUCGCUCGUAUUGGUGAAGGUUCGUACUCGCUUGCCGGCGGUCCAUGGGAUGCAGCUUCUGACCUUUCAAAGGAUCUCGUCAGACAAAUGUUACAUGUAAAUCCAAGACUUCGACUUACCGCAAAACAGGUGCUGCAACAUCCAUGGAUUGUCAGCAGACAUCACCUGUCAAACCAUAGACUACAUCACGUGAGCAGUGUAUCGAAAAUCAAGGAUGCAGUCAAAGCUACAUUCUCUGCUCUUCACUCAUCACCUGAUCAUUUCCGUCGCCUCAAGCCCGUCCAAACAUCACUYCUCGCUCAAAGACGAACCAAGAAAACACAAAGAGUAUAGCGAACUAACAUCAUCUUCGUUAUUAUCUAACGUUCAUCAUGGGUUUCUGUUUAGCUUGAUCACUAGUGAUAUAGUUUGUUUUCUAACGAAUCAGGGAGGUACAAAGAAUAAAAAAAGAAGAAAAUYCAAAAAUAAAUUAAUGGCAAUAUGGAUACUCAGCCUCGGUCCGCUGACUUACGGUCAAUCGAUUCCAGGAACAUUUGGCUUACUCKCUAUUGUUGCUUCCAACGAAGACUGAAACAUACUUUGACUUUCUACGUGUUACAUUUUAAACAUGRGAAAUUUUGAGAGCUUAGAUUUUAAUAGUUUGUGAUCUUAUUCAGGCAGCCAUGUUGGAUGACAGGCUGAAAUUGGUAUCCAACAUGGCCGCCAGUCAUGUGAUUGGGUAAAACUUUUCUAUCUGAAAGCCUUUYGAGUCAAUGCUGCUGUAAAUCAUCUCCCUUCCUGGAAAGUCUCAUCGUAUGUUGGCAAAUGAUCAGGUAUCUUUGUACAUGCGGUCCAAAAUAUAUUAGAAUUGUGUUUGUUGUCAAUCUCAAAAUGAAAAAUCUGGAAUAAGAUUAGCACUAUCUACUUGCUUUUCUUACUCUUUCAUUAUAUUUGAAUGUUGGGAUACCUAUGUAAAAUAUAAUCGGUCAUCCCAGACCUCUUGGUUCGUAUUUUAAGAGAGGAAACUGGGAAUGAAUUUUUGCCGAGCGUGGCCUGAUACAGAGGUCAACGGUUUGACUUCAGUUUUCGUAUUUUCUAAGAAAAAAUAUUUCAAAAUUUAAUUGAUGAAUAUCAAAUGCAAAUUGCAAUGCAACAAUAAAAAUAAAGCAAGCUGUCAAAAGGAMUGAGCUUGAUCGUAGCGAAUAAUUUUCCGUAAUUUAAAUCAAUUUUUCUAURAAGCAUUUUCGAAAUAUUUUUCUAUGUUUCUUCCACUUGGAAUUUGAUACGAAAAUGAUAAUUUUUCUCUUGUACUUAUAUGAAUUUUUCUUGUUCCAYGAACAUUUGCUUGUGAAAUGCAGUAUUUAGAGUGUCUGUAAAUUCUAGGGAUGUGCAGUGUAAAUGAAAUAAAACCUUUGAAGAAUUUC